AUGCGAAGAUUGGCUGUGUUUGAGGAUGGAGAGGUGAGUGAACGAGUGAACAACCAAAUAACUCCAGUUAUUCUCCCAGAAGUAGAAAUCCAAGUCGAUCGAAGUUAUCCAAAUAUUCAAGAGCCUAGACAAGAAUUAAGACAGCGAAUCGGAAUUACCGCAGAACAUAUCGACGUCGAAGAAACGACUACGAAAAAUGACAAAUUGUCUAAGCGAUCGUUGAGCCGAAAACGCAUGCGACGAUUGUCCUCAUUGCUCAAAUCCGACACUAUUGAAAUAUACGUACGCGGUGACCACACGACUCAAUUGUCACUCCGAUUUGAACGGUAUCGUGCCGGAUUUUCAUACUUGACAUCUAUCAAAAGAAACACACAAUCUGCCCCUAUUUUCUUCUAUGCUGGACAUGUGAAGAAGACGCUAGCAGAACGAAUAGGAGAAUUGGGACACUGGUCACACACACAGUACGACGAGAUGUCUACGUAG